CAGGAUUCCGCAAUGUCGGAUGCAGAGAAAGUACGUUUAUAACAUUGAUAGUUUCUAAGAUUACAUUCACGCCAUGCCUGUAUUUUCUACCAGAUGGAAUGGCUCGAUGGGAAAUUACCCUUCACGGGUGUUCAACUGUGACACUAAAGAUCCGAGCGAAACGCCUUGCGAAGCUUGGGGGUUCAACGGCUUCCUCACCUGGUAGCUCCUCACCGAAGCCUCCAGCACAGCCAACGUCGCCGCCGGCAGCACCUCAGGAAAGACCGAUACCUACAGAACCUUCGAAGCCGAAACCUCCUACACAGCCAAGCGUGGCGACCGAAGCCGCUCCCCGAAAGAUCAACAUCAAACCAGCAGCUCCAAAACCACCUCCUCAAGAAGUAAGCAUCGAAUCUUGGGAAGACAGGACAAUAGGGAGCAUUUUCCGCAUCACAUUAGACCCGAAUCAAAGUCGCGAUGCGCAUGGACUCCCACUAUACCAUGUUUCUGGCGUCCGGGACGAGCUUCAGGAGAACAACAGGCCAGUGCGGCUCACAAAGGACACUGAGAUUUUGGAAUCCGCAAUACAAGAAGCAACUUCGAGCCAAGCUUUGGGCAAGCCACUUGACUACUUGCUUGGCUGCUGGAAGAGGGUGUCGAAGCUGUUCCGAGGGAUGCACAAUAAGGCAGACCCCAAGUACGCAAUACUCCAAGAGGCGCGUCGGUUGUGCUUCAAUUACUGCAUCCUUGCUGCCACAAUUCCAGAGAUGUUUGGCGAGGAGUCGUCUGAGGUACCUGCCUUGGCCGAUUAUCUUCUGGUUGACCCAAACAAUGACCGCGGGAUAUGUCACGACUUCCUGAACGAAGCAGUCUCACGAUUUGGUGGUGAGGACGAGGAGGUCAUGAAUGUCAAGCAGGUCCUUGUUGAAGCUAUGGAGGAGCUGAGUCGGCGGUUAGCCAAGCUCUCCAUGAAUGAUGACUAUACACCUUACGUUUUAGCGAUGCGAAACUUUGUGCGUUACAAGCCUCUCUUGGUUGCUCUUUCGGAGUCGCCUCGCUUCUUGCCUGAGAACACCGAACCGCAGAAUAUCGAAACCGACACACUUCUCGGUCCCUUCUUUAGUCUAUCGCCAAUGCAGGGCGCAGUGGCUCUCAAUUAUUUCUCCAGCCCGACGACCCGAGAUAAGGGAUAUGUCAACAACUCUCAAAAAGCCCUACGCAUGACUUUACAGACUCACCAGGACGAACUCUUCGACGUAGUCAACUGCUUCAUCAAAUUGGAAAAGGCCUCUCGUGAGCGUAUGCUCGACUGGUUUGCAUUGUCUCUGAAUACGAACCACAAGCGAAGAGCUCUACAGGUUGAUCCUAAGACUACUGCAUCGGACGGGUUCAUGGUCAACGUCACUGUUAUGCUUGAUCGGUUGUGUGAACCAUUCAUGGAUGCAACAUUCUCAAAAAUAGAUCGCAUUGAUAUCGAUUAUCUCCGUCGCUCUCCAAGAAUUGAUAUCUCAGACGAGACCAAGAUCAACGCUGAUCAGCAUGCCUCAGACGAUUUCUACGCAAACAAAGCGGAAGGGACAAACAACUUCAUUAGUGAAGUUUUCUUCUUGACUGUUGCGGCACAUCAUUAUGGCACCGAAGCCGCAAAUACGAAGCUUUCCACGCUACAGAGAGAGGUCAAGUACCUUGAAAAGCAAUUAGCCAAGUUGGAGCUUGAGCGACAUAAAUUCAUCAGCAAUCCACUGCAGCUCCGCCGUUUCGAUUCCCACGUCAAAAAGGUCAAAGACUCCAUAGAACGAGGCCAUUGUGUCGUACUGGCCACUCAAGGUGUUCUCCUUGACGACGUAGCACAAGCACGAUCCAUGCACUUCAUGCGGUAUGUCAUUGUAUGGCUGCUAAGGCUUGCCUCCAACGCAGACCUUCCAAAGAGUAACCUUCCUCUUCCUCUUCCUAAGGAGCAACCCACUGCAUUCCAAUGUUUGCCUGAAUAUUUCGUCGAAGACAUUGUCGACAACUUCAAGUUCAUCACUCGGCACAUGCCUCAUAUCGUAACCUCUACACAGUGUGAGGAGUUGGUCAAGAUCUGUAUUACUUUCUUGCGAAGCUCGGAAUACAUCAAAAACCCCUACUUGAAGUCGGGUCUCGUCACCAUUCUCUUCUAUGGUAUCUGGGAGGUUGAUCGUAGGUCGAAAGGCAUUCUGGGCGAUGUCCUUUUCGCCAACAGCUUUUGCACAAAGCAUUUGCUACACUCUUUGAUGAAAUUCUACAUUGAAUGCGAGAGCACGGGAGCACAUACCCAAUUCUAUGAUAAAUUCAAUAUACGCUAUGAGAUCUUCCAGGUCAUCAAGUGCAUUUGGCCGAACCCGAUCUAUCGGGAGAAUCUGGCAACAGAAGCUCGGGUCAACCUGGAUUUCUUCGUACACUUUGUCAACCUUCUGUUGAAUGAUGUCACCUAUGUCCUGGAUGAGUCCUUCACGGCUUUCAAGCAAAUCCACGAGCUCUCCAAGGAGCUGAAGAGUCCUCCUGAGUCAAUGGAUCCAACUACCCGCCAGCAAAAGGAAGAGGCACUCUCGUCUGCUCAGGGCAGGGCUAAGAGCUACAUGCAGUUAACGAACGAGACCGUCUCCAUGUUGAAGCUCUUCACGGAGGCACUUAGUGAAUCGUUCACGAUGCCAGAAAUUGUCCAACGAUUAGCACACAUGUUAGAUUACAAUCUGGAUGCUCUUGUUGGCCCGAAGCAGUCUGAACUGAGGGUGGAGAACCCAGACGAAUAUGGAUGGCAUCCCAGGACCAUGUUAUCGGACAUUGUCGAUGUUUUCCUAAACCUCAGGGAGAAGAAGAGCUUCAUUGAUUCGGUAGCCACAGACGGGCGGUCUUACAAACCCGAAAACUUCCAAGCUGCCGGGCGCAUCAUGCAGAGUCGGGCACUCAAAGGACCCGAGCAGCUACAAGAAUGGGAACAAUUUGCCUUGCGCGUCCAAGAAGCCAAGGAAGAGGCCGAAAUGGAGGAGGCAGAUCUAGGGGAAGUCCCCGACGAAUUUACUGACCCUAUCAUGGCAACGCUUAUGGAAGACCCUGUCACUUUGCCAAACAGCAAGGCCGUGGUAGACCGCAGCACGAUCCGGAGUCAUCUUCUCAGUGAUCCCAAUGACCCCUUCAAUCGCAUGCCCCUUACCAUCGAUCAAGUCAUUCCCAACGAUGAAUUGAAGGCCAAGAUCCAAGCAUGGAAAGCAGAAAAGCGAGCAGAGAAGGCAGCCGAGCGCAGCGCGGCUCAGGCAGGGGGCGAACCCAUGGACACGACUUAAAGCGUACUGUAUCAUGCUUACUAUGAAAUAUGAUUCCAAGCGUACGUUCUAGCAUUUCCCUUUUGGCAUUGGAGGUAUCCUGGUGUUUGGGCGUCAUUAGGAGUACACAGCCACA